AUGCCGUUUCCUCUAACACCAAGAGACCGCGAGGACUUCAGCGUUGCGAUCAUCUGUGCUCUAGAGAUAGAAUCUAACGCAGUAGAGCUCCUUUUUGACCAUAUCUGGGAUGCAAACGGUGAUCGAUACGGUAAAGCGCUUAAAGACACAAAUUCCUAUCGAACAGGAGUGAUCGGCAAUCAUAAUGUCGUGUUGGCAUAUAUGACUGGCAUGGGGAAGGUCCAAGCAGCAACUGUCGCAAAGAGCUGCCACUGGAGCUUUCCAUGUAUCCGACUUGCCUUGAUUGUUGGCGUUUGUGGAGGGGUGCCAGGAGGCAUCGAAGGGGGAAUAUUCCUUGGUGAUAUCAUAAUCAGUGGUGAGAUUUUGCCGUACGAUUUUGGAAAACAGUUCCCCGGGUCAUUCCAAUACAGAGAAACGGCGUCUCGCUCAAGUGGGGAUAGCGAAGUGCAAGCCUUCUUGCGCAAGCUUAGAAGCCUAAAGGGCCGCGAGUAUCUACUCAGCAGGACAGACUAUCAUCUUAGUGCCCUUCGAACGCGAACUAGCGAUUAUUCUUGCCCCCCUAGGCAAUCUGAUCAGCUUUUCGAACCAAACUACCACCACAAGCAUCACGAUAACUCGAAAUGCAAAACAUGCGGGGAGAACAAAUCUUGCAAAAAGGCCCAGAAGGCCACUUGUAAAGCACUGAGGUGUGAUCGGGAGAGAUUAAUUGUUCGUUCGCGUUCAUCUCAGAGGGAGUUCAGUGUCCACUUUGGGCGAAUAGCGUCAGGAGACACAGUCAUGAAAUCUGGCAAGGACAGAGACAGAAUUGCCGAUAAAGAGAAGGUGAUUGCGUUUGAAAUGGAGGGUGCGGGCAUUGACGGUAUUAUGCCUUUUCUUGUUAUAAAAGGAGUCUGUGACUAUGCCGACAGUCACAAAAACAAAAUCUGGCAAAAGUACUCUGCCGGAGCAGCAGCCGCGUGCAUGAAGUCACUACUUGAACAGUGGGCGGUCAUUGACCAAUUCGAAAAGAGACCUAAGCAACCGCGGGACUCAUCACAGGAAUCUCACUGCCCUAUCCAAGAAACGGCCUCCAAAGUAUGCGCUCUGUCAAGUCGCAGAGAAGAAGGAUGUCACUCACAAUACAAUCCUGAUACCAGCGAUGGGGAGCUGUUGCAGGUUCUGCCUGAAAUCGACUCCAGUUUUAAGUGUGUCAUUAAAUCCCUCAGGGAACAUCGAGAGUAUUUGCCUCGAGAUGCUGAUCUCAAAGAAAUGUUGAAAAACCAGCGCUUCCUUGUCUCCGAUCUUGCAAAAGUCCUGUUAUCAGAUGACCGCCUUGGUUCAUCCGAGUUUUCUUGUCUAGAGAUAGCUCUGGAGAUCCAAAAGAAGCUUGAAAGCAUUGAGGGCUUAACCAGACAGCUUCCUGUUGCUACUCAGGCAAGGUCAGAGCACAUAAGUGCCGUGUCGUUGCUCAAGUAUUCUGUAGAAGACAUGGAAUCCCUGGUUCAAAAUUUCGGGUCGGUCAUUAAUCAACCGAAGAAAAACCAUACGUGUACCUGGCAAGCAUCAACGAUAGACAGAAUCCCUGAAUGUCGUCGAAAAUUUGAGGACUUCCGUGUUAUCCAACAAGCAGCUCGCAGCCUCUACGACGCUUUCGGGUCAGCUUGUGCAGCACAUACUGUCCAUAAUGUGCACAUAUCCCUCCAGCCAGCUGUUAAUGGAACGACAACCCGGGUCCGAUUCAACAUCGCCUUUAUUCAACACCCAAGAGCACCGGGGAACGCGGCCUGGAUAGACGUAGAGUCCACCAUCACAUCUCAUAAGAGUUAUUCUCAGCUAGCGUUCACAUCAUCCUCUAGCGAAAAUCCUUCUCUCAAAAGACAACGAGAGGUCAAGCGCGAAAUCUACUCAUCGGCACCACGAAAACGUGUGCAGUUCAAGCUUCCAGCAGCGCCAAUACAGCCACUGUGCUCAAAAGCAGACGUCGAUAAAAUCCCAUAUCUCCAUAUCCAACGCAACUUCUGCAAGGUGGUCGAGAGAUCUUUAAACCAACAGGAACGUAAUACGUGCAUUGGCUUACUUGGGGACAACGGAACAUGCAAACACUUGGCAUAUUUAGGCAGUCGGACCAGCAUAACAACCACAGCCAAGUCCCUGUCAGAGCUUAUAUCACAACCAAGAUCCGACAUCAUGAAGGAAAUGAGUCAGUACGAGCGUGUCCGUCUGGCUAAAUAUCUCGCUACUGCUGUUCUUUACUACCAUGCCACACCAUGGCUCAACAGGGCAUGGCGAAGUGAAGAUAUUCAUUUUUUUGAUAGUCCCGAUCCUUCCGUUGAACAGCCACAGCAUGUCUGUGCUUACAUGACGAGCUCUGUUUCAACCGAAUCACUGCCUGCGUCUCCCGCGUACCCUCGCCUUAUUCGAAAUCCAGUUCUCUUCGGACUCGGCGUGAUGUUCCUCGAGCUCGCAUUUCAAGUUCCUCUCGCGGCCCUGGCACGGUCGAUCGACCGAGAAGAAGGAGGGAAACCAGACUUCGAUGAAUAUUUCACAGCCCGCCGAGUAGUAGAGUUUAGCCAUGGCAAGAUCAGCAAAAGCUUCAAAGAGGUCAUCAAGAGAUGUCUUUACUGCGACUUUGGGCAUGACGAUGACUUCAAGAGUCCUGCCCUUCAGCAGGCUUUUUACAACAAUGUCAUUACAGUCCUUGAUGAUCUGGAAGAGCAGUUCAGAGAACUUCAGCUUGACUAA